AUGGCUCAGGAACCUCGCGCUCGGCAUAAAGCAUACACCAUCCGCAUUGGAACUGGUUUGAUGCUUGCAGGUGGUCGGUAUGGCGGUGGUCACCACUAUCACAGACAUCAUUUUGGAGGAGGCGGAAGUGGAGUCUACGGUGCAGGCUCAAGUGUUUCUUCAGGGCGUCAUCAUCACCACCACCACAUGCGGGGUAUCUACGGCGGUGGGGGUGGUGGCGGCUCUAGUGUCUACGAGGCGCCUUCUUCUAUGAUGAGCUCUGAUCUCGAGUCCACCAGUUUCUUUGAAUCGGACGGGGAGUCGAGCAGGUCAGCUUUAGGCAAAUUAUGA